UCUGUAACUCCCUCAGUCAAACUCUAUUUUAUUUUUUCAUAUAUAAAAAUACAUAUAUGCGUGUGUGUAUAUGUGUAUGCGUGUGUAUGUAUAUGUGUGUAUAUAUAUCUCAAUCAUCUAAUCUAGCUGUGCGAAUAAUCUCUGACAAUAGGAAUUAUUAUUAUAUGGACAUGGUUUUUAACUAAGGACAGUUGUGCGUGCGGAAGGUUUGAGUUUAGAGGGUGAGUCAACUCGACCGAGUUAUGGGCUGUUGGCAAUCGACGUUCUCCAAGGACCGCCCUAUCUCGGAGAAGGAUCACCGGCAAGGGCAAGGCCACACGCGCCCCUCCUCAAAUGGGAAAGACAGCGGCGGAGGAGGAGGCGGCGGCGGCGCCUCCGAGGGCGGAGCUAGCGUGUUCGCGGAGUUCUCGCUGUCGGAGCUCAAGGCGGCUACUAACAAUUUCAGCUCCGAGUUCAUUGUGUCGGAGAGCGGGGAGAAGGCUCCGAAUGUGGUGUACAAAGGCCGCCUGCAGAAUCGGCGCUGGAUAGCUGUGAAGAAGUUUACGAAGACGGCGUGGCCUGAUCCUAAGCAAUUCGCGGACGAAGCUAAGGGCGUUGGGAAGUUCAGGCACAAAAGGCUUGCUAAUUUGAUUGGGUACUGCUGCGAUGGUGAUGAGAGGUUGCUUGUUGCUGAGUUUAUGCCUAAUGAUACGCUUGCUAAACACCUAUUUCACUGGGAAAACCAAACCCUUGAGUGGGCUAUGCGUCUCAGAGUAGCUCUAUACAUUGCUGAAGCAUUGGAUUAUUGUAGCUGUGAAGGCCGACCAUUGUACCAUGACUUGAAUGCUUACAGGGUUCUUUUUGAUGAGGGUGGUGAUCCACGGCUUUCUUGUUUUGGGUUAAUGAAGAAUAGCAGGGAUGGUAAAAGUUAUAGCACAAAUCUUGCAUACACGCCGCCUGAGUAUUUAAGAACUGGGAGGGUAACACCAGAAAGUGUUGUUUUCAGCUUUGGGACUGUCCUCUUGGACCUUCUCAGUGGAAAGCAUAUUCCACCCAGUCAUGCCAUUGAUAUGAUAAGGGGGAAAAAUAUACUUCUGUUGAUGGAUUCCCAUUUGGAGGGGAAUUUCAAGUCAGAUGAGGCAACUGUGGUGUUUGAGCUGGCUUCACGAUGCCUGCAGUAUGAACCUAGAGAGCGGCCAAACACUAAAGAUCUUGUUGCGACCCUAGCUCCAUUGCAGAGUAAACCUGAGGUCCCAUCUCAUGUGAUGCUGGGAAUUCCAAAGCAUGAGGAAGCUCCACCAACUCCUCAACACCCUCUGUCUCCCAUGGGUGAUGCCUGCUCAAGAAUGGAUCUCACAGCAAUUCAUCAGAUUCUGGUAAUGACUCACUACAAAGAUGAUGAAGGAACAAAUGAGUUAUCUUUCCAAGAGUGGACUCAACAAAUGAGGGAUAUGUUGGAGGCAAGGAAGCGUGGUGACUUGGCAUUCCGGGACAAGGAAUUCAAAACUGCCAUAGAUUGUUAUUCUCAGUUCAUAGAUGUGGGUACAAUGGUAUCCCCAACAGUGUAUGCACGCAGGAGCCUCUGUUACAUCAUGUGCGAUCAGCCAGAUGCAGCUCUUCGAGAUGCAAUGCAGGCGCAAUGCGUGUACCCAGACUGGUCAACCGCGUUUUAUAUGCAGGCAGUUGCGCUGUCGAAGCUAGACAUGCACAAAGAUGCAGCGGAUAUGUUGAACGAGGCUUCCACAUUAGAAGAGAAGCGGCAAAAGGGCGGGAGAGGAUGAUGUUGAGACAGAGUCUUGAGAAGUGAAGAUUAAUCUGUUUAUUCUUUUGUAGCCAUGCCAUGCAAUGCCUCGGUCAAUUGUUGUUAAAAAAAAAAAAAUCACUAAGAUGGUGCUGUAUCAUUUGGUUUGUGUGUGAUUUUCAUAUAUAUUAAGUAAGAAAUGUACAAUAGGGAAGGGAAGCGAAGGGAAGGGAAGGGAAGGGAAAUACAUGGUGUCACUUUCGAUCAAUGUUGUCAAUUUUUCACCCUAAUCUGUCCGAAUAAUUACGAUCUCUUAAUUUGUACAUUUAUAAAUAUACCAGACCAUGUAUGCAUGUA